UCCGUUUUCCAUACUCAUUCUCAAUUUCUCAUAGAUCAAACUUCAAAUAUAGCUAGCUAGGUACAAUACAAUUCACCGGAGCAAAUACUAAGGAGGUUUAGCUCAAUUGAUUCAGCAAGUGUGUGAGUGAGUUAUUGUAAACUUUCUGAUAUCUGUCUUCCAUUUUUAUGAUUAAAAAAAUCAGAGCAAUGAAUGUUUUAUAUUUAAGCUCAAGUUCAAGCCUAAGCAUGUCCAAGCCGUUUCAAUUCUCAAGUAAACAUCAUCAAAGAGCUUCUAGUGUGAAGUUUGGUGGUGUUUCAUGCAGAGCCGCAACGUUAACCCAAGAAAACUUGUACAAAAUAUUGUCUGUGUGUCCAGGAAGUGCAACAAUGGAUGAGAUCAAGAGGGCUUAUAGGUCAAUGGCUCUUCAGUACCACCCUGAUGUGUGCCAUGAUCCUUCCAUGAAAGAGGAAUCAACGAGGAUGUUUGUUCAGCUAAACACAGCUUACAAGACCUUGUCCAAUCCAAGGCUUCGAGAAGAGUAUGACAGUGAAUUGGGUUUGGGAAGCACAGAGAUGAGUACUGUUAGUAGUGAUCAUCAUGAGAGAUGGGGAAGUGUGAGUGUUAGUAGUGAACAUGAGAGAUGGGAAAGUAGGUUUCAGGAGCAAAUGAUUGAGUUGAAGACAAGGUCUCGUAGACGUAUGGGACAAAAGGGUCAGGGUGGAUCAUCGGGUAGUAGCAGAAUGAGGACACAAAACAUGAGAGACAGGAAUUGAUUUUCUUCAGUCAUGUAUUUUUGUUGAAAUAGAUAGAUUGAUUCUUUCAUGUUUUAACUAUAUAUGCUCUACAAAGCCAAUUCAAUUAUUCUACCAUUCUUUAUACUAUACAAAGCCAAUCAUUUUUAUUUCA